GUAGUAAAUAGAAGACCAUGCUUGAAAAUGUUGUACGGAACGUUGUCGUUUUUGUAUAGAGAGAAGUUCUUUUAGGCACUAUCAUAGCAACAGUAGCAGUUAAUGAAAAUAUUUCAUUAUCAUUUCACUUUCACUAUUCCUCCGUAUUAAUUCAAAGUUAUUUUGACAAAAUAAGCCAUGUUUGACGAAUUCCAACAUGGCGCUGUUUGCUUCUGCCAUGUUGUCGAGUUGCCAAACGAUCCUUAUGAAAUUACCAACAGAUAAUGAUGAUUGGAAUGAUUUCUUCGGUUGGGACUUUGAAAAUUACCAAGAAAUAGAUUAUUUGGAAAUCGUUCUCGAUCUUACUGAGGAUUGUUUCAACGACAACGAUUGUAAUUUGCAACAGGUUUCUAAAAACGAUGUUUGCUUUCCUUACGAUGGAAGCGAGAAUAAUCUUAUAACCUGUGAUGAGAAAGUUGAUCUGGAAGUUAUUAAAGAUGGUUUCAAUAGGAUAAUCGAGGAUACGACAUCCAAUGUGCAUGUCAAUCAAUCAAUGGACCAUGCACCAAAGAAGGAAAAAUUCUGAAAAUUGAAGAAAUUUUUCAGAUUCUUCUUUUGAAUACAGAAGAAUUUCAGAGAUUUUUAUCUCUGUACAUAGUUAUUUUGUGAUUAUUUAUUUCUUCAUUCGUUUUAAAUUUUAUUUUCAUUACUUUAUUCGUAUUUUUUUCUUAUUUUUAUUUUAAAAUAUUCAAAGAAAUAAGAAAAAAUUAUUAAAAUUUAAAAA